CCCGACUACUGACGAAUGUUAGCGAUCAGAUCUGAGGACUAGGGAGCCUGUGUGCGAAGUUCUAGUUCCCACGUAGAACAUUGCGUGUUGUAUUAAAUGGCUAAGUGGGGUGAGGGUGACACUCGUUGGAUUGUUGAGCAACGAGCAGAUGCAACAAAUGUUAAUAACUGGCACUGGACAGAAAAGAAUGCCCGCCAGUGGUCAAUCAACAAACUCCAAGAGUUGCUGACAGGUUUGAAGAUUGAAAAUGCGCUUGCUGUGUGCAGUAUUACAGAAGUAGAUAGAUGUGAAGGAGAUGCAGUUGCAAAUAACAGAAAGGGGAAGUUGUUAUUUUUCUAUGAAUGGGAAUUAAUAUUGAAAUGGGAAGGUCAUCUUCGUGAUGCUGAUCAUGUAAAAAUAGAAGGCACAGCAAUUAUUUCAAAUUUCAAUGAAGAACAAGAAGCUUCAGAAAUCAAUGUUGACUUGACUGUUAGCACACCCAGUCCUGAAGCUGAUAGAUUGAAAGACAUUAUCAUGAAAGAUGCAAGAGAACUUAUUAGACUUAAGUUAGCAAAUUAUAUAAAAACAUUAAAAGAGGAUUUCAGCAAAGGCAUGAUUUUGGCAAGGAAGAGUGAAGGAAUGAGUGAAACUAAGACAACAAAGACUGGUGUCACUGAAAGGUUAUCUCAAGUACUUUUUGAGAAAGUUCCAGUAUCAAAAAGUGAACAAGAAGUCAAGCAAUUAAAAACUGUCAAAACUGGAACCCUAACUAUGACAAUUAAACUACAGUGCACUAAGGAAGAAUUUUAUGGUGCUCUUACAAAUAAAGAGAUGGUGGAAGCUUUCACUAAAAGUGGUGUUAAAAUGGAUGUAGAACCUGGUGGGACGUUCGAGUUACUCAGAGGAAAUAUAAGUGGACAAUUCUUGGAGCUGGUACCCAACUCAAAGAUUUAUCAGACAUGGAGAAUCAGCAAUUGGCCUGAUGGUCAUUUCUCAACUGUUCUAAUAGAAAUAGAACAACUUUUGGAUGGCAUAGAAGUAAAACUGACUCAAGAAAGUAUUCCUGAAAGUCACUUGGAAACUAUGAAGGACAACUGGAAUCGCUACUACUGGGAUGCUAUGAGAGGAACUUUUGGGUUUGGUGCAUUCCUUGCAUGAAUAUGGUGAAUUAUGGUAAACAACUGUGGUGAAGAAAUGCUAUCUUACAAUACUGUGACCAUAUUUGACACUUGUGAUUAUUAAUACAAUUUUACUCUACUGUGAUUUUGUAUGUAACUGUGAUACACUAUUCUUUUGUCAUUUAGCUUAUGAGUAAGGUUAAGUAUUAUUGCAUUUUCUAUUAAUUGGUCUUUUAUCAUAACUUAAUUUUGAUAAACAGUAUAACAGUGUAGAAAAGACUAUUUAUUAUUUGCAAUA